CAAGGUUCUGGAGACCCACAGAGGGCCCAUACUGUCCUCCCGAGACUCCUGUUUGGGAGGGCAACUCACAUCGGGGAACUGUGCCCCAGGACAGGAUGCAAAGGCACAACAGAGAUGGCAGAAUCCUGAUGUCUGUGCUCUUAAAGGAGGCAUGAAAACAAACGGGCAGGCUGGGCACAGUGACUCACGCCUGUAAUCCCAGCACUUUGGGAGGCCCACGUGAGUAGAUUGCUUGAGGUCAGGAGUUUGAUAACAGCCUGGCCAAUGGUGACACCCCAUCUCUGCUAAAAAUCCAGAAAAUUAGCCGGGCAUGUUGGCAGGCACCUGUAAUCCCAGCUACUUGAAGCCGGGAGGCAGCCUGGGCUACAGAGCAAGACUUUGUCUCAAAAAAAAAAAUUAAAAACUUUUUAAAAAAUACUUGCUCGGGCCACACCCCAGAUUGAUAAGUCAGAGUUUCUUGGAGGUUCUGUUUUUCGGUUUUCUUUUUUUUAGAUGGAAUUUUGCUCUGUCACCCAGACUGGAGUGCAGUGGCGCCAUCUCGGCUCACUGCAACCUCCGCCUCCUGGGUUCAAGCGAUUCUCCUGCCUCAGCCUCCCGAGUAGCCAGGAUUACAGGCAUGCGCCACCACGCCGAGCUAAUUUUUGUAUUUUUAGUAGAGAUGGGGUUUCUCCAUGUUGCCCAGGCUGGUCUUGAACUCCCAACCUCAGGUGAUCCGCCCGACUCAGCCUCCCAAAGUGCUGGGAUUACAGGCGUGAGCCACAUCGCCCGACCACCAGUUCUUUUUUUUUUUUUUUUUUUUUAACUGUUGAGGCAAUUCCAACAUGUGCUCAAACUGAAAACCAGGGCUCUCUACUCUCUUACCAGGUGUUUUCUCCCUUUGUCUACCGUGACAGAGAUUACCGAUCUCCUGUGGGCGCUGAGCCCUGUGGUCAGGACUUGUCCUUAUCUGGCCAGUCCUCGGCACCACAAGUGACUGCCUUCACCCCCUCUUGGCUCCUGUCUCUGUCUCCUGGUUCCUCUUCUCUCUACUACCUCUAACCUCUCUAACCUGUGGGAAUCUGGUGUGUCCUCGGGUCCUCAGACCCCCUCACUCCUCCAGAACUGCAAAGCUUUUUUUUUUUUUUUUUUUUUUUUUGAGAUGGAGUCUCUCUCUGUCACCCAGCAUGGAGUACAGUGGCGUGAUCUUGACUCUGCAACCUCCGCCUUCCGGGUUCAAGUGAUUCUCCCACCCCAGCCUCCCAAGCAGCUGGGACCACAGGCGUGCACCAUCACACCCGGCUAAUUUUAUAUUUUUUAUAGAGAUAGAGUCUUGCUACGUUGCCCAAGCUGGUCUUGAACUCUUGGGCUCAAGUGAUCCUCCUGCCUCAGCCUCCCAAAGUGUUAGGAUUACAGGCGCGAGCCACGGUGUGUGGCCCAGGUGCAAGGCCUUUGACACCACUCACCCACCGACCCCCAAAUCUGCUGUACCAGCUGAGCUUUCUGCCCAGGGCGGCAGCCUGGGGCCUCCAUGGCCUAUGUGAUAUCUGCCCCAGAACAGGCCGAGGAGGACUGAUCCCUUGAGGUCAGGAGUUUGAGACCAGCCUACCCAACAUGGUGAAACCCCUUCUCUACUAAAGAUACAAAAACUAGCCAGGAGUGGUGGUGCAUGCCUGUAAUCCCAGCUACUCAGGAGGUUGAUGCAAGAGAAUUGCCUGAACCCGGGAGGCAGAGGUUGCAGUGAGCCGAGAUGGCACCAUGGCACUCCAGCCUGGGCGACAGGGCGAGACUCAGUCUCAAAAAAAAAAGAAGUGGCUGGCAGGAUCUGGAGACAGACUGGAGCCUCCCCACCUCCUUCCCUUCCUCCUCUGCCCUCCCCCGCCCCACCUCUAGCAGCCCCCACCCUGUGUGCUGACCGUGGAGCAGAAGCCACAGUCACUUCCUGAAGGCAGCGGCCCCAGCUCGGGUCCCACUCAUCCCGUGGCCCAUCACCUGCCUGCAGCCAUGGAGAGCCAUCAGGACUUCCGGAGCAUCAAAGCAAAGUUCCAGGCCUCUCAGCCGGAGCCCAGCGACCUGCCCAAAAAACCCCCGAAGCCUGAGUUCAGUAAACUCAAGAAGUUCUCCCAGCCUGAGCUAAGCGAGCACCCCAAGAAGGCCCCGCUGCCUGAGUUUGGUGCAGUGUCCUUGAAGCCCCCGCAGCCUGAGGUCACUGACCUCCCCAAGAAGCCCCCACAGCCUCAGUUCACUGACCUCCCCAAGAAGCCCCCACAGCCUCAGUUCACUGACCUCCCCAAGAAGCCCCCGCCGCCUGAGGUCACUGACCUCCCCAAGAAGCCCCCGCCGCCUGAGGUCACUGACCUCCCCAAGAAGCCGUCCAAACUGGAGUUCAGUGACCUCUCCAAGAAGUUCCCACAGCUGGAGGCCACUCCAUUUCCAAGGAAGCCCCCACAGCCUGAGGUCGUUGAGGCCUCUUUGAAGGCCUCGCUGCCAGAGCCUGGUGCGCCGGCCCGGAAACCCCUGCAGCCCGACGAGCUCAGUCACCCCGCCAGAACCCCCUCCGAACCCAAAUCCGGCGCAUUCCCCAGGAAGCUCUGGCAACCCGAGGCUAGUGAGACUACCCUGAGGCCCCCGCAGCCUGAGUUGAGUACCUUUCCCAAGAAGCCCGCGCAGCCUGAGUUCAACGUGUACCCCAAAAAGCCUCCGCAGCCUCAGCUCGGUGGCCUCCCUAAGAAGUCCGUGCCGCAGCCUGAGUUCAGCGAGGCGGCUCAGACCCCCCUCUGGAAGCCUCAGUCCGGCGAACCAAAGCACGACUCCAGCGCCUUUCCCAGAAAGGCCUCCCAGCCUCCUCUGAGUGACUUUCCCAAGAAGCCUCCGCAGCCUGAGCUUGGGGACCUCACCAGGACCUCCUCAGAGCCCGAAGUCAGCGUGCUUCCCAAGAGGCCGCGGCCGGCCGAAUUCAAAGCACUCUCCAAGAAGGCCCCGCAGCCCGAGCUGGGCGGCCUCCCCAGGACCUCCUCAGAGCCCGAGUUCAACUCACUCCCCAGGAAGUUGCUGCAGCCGGAGCGCGGGGGGCCACCCCGCAAGUUCUCACAGCCUGAGCCCAACGCUGUCCUCAAGAGACACCCGCAGCCUGAGUUCUUCGGUGAUCUCCCUCGAAAGCCUCUACUCCCCAGCUCCGCUUCAGAGAGCUCACUGCCUGCGGCCGUGGCCGGCUCCAGCUCCCGGCACCCGCUCAGCCCUGGGUUUGGAGUCGCUGGGACACCCCGCUGGAGGUCAGGAGGCCUUGUUCACAGUGGAGGGGUCAGGCCAGGCCUCAGACCCAGCCAUCCACCCCGGCGGAGGCCUCUGCCCCCUGCUAGCAGCCUGGGACCCCCUCCAGCCAAGCCCCCGCUGCCCCCGGGCCCCGUGGAUAUGCAGAGCUUUCGGAGACCCUCUGCAGCAUCCGUAGAUCUACGGAGGACCCGCUCGGCCGUGGGGCUCCACUUCCAGGCCCGACAGCCUGAAGACAUCCCGCAGGUCCCAGAUGAGAUUUACGAGCUGUACGACGACGUGGAACCCGGAGAUGACUCCAGCCCCAGCCCCAAGGGCAGAGAUGAAGCACGCUCGGUUCAGCAAGCCGCCAGGAGACCACCACAAGACCCAGCGCUCAGGUGCCAUGGGCAGAGGGUGUGGGUGGAUGUGGGGGCGAGCUCCAGGAACCCCCAGAGGAGCACACCUUGCUCACGAGCACACAAUUCCUUGGUGUGGGGUAUCAGGAAGGAGAAGGAUCCCCAGCCACAGCAGUUGCCACCCAUGGACCCAAAGUUGCUGAAGCAGCUGAGGAAGGCUGAGAAGGCCGAGAGGGAGUUCCGGAAGAAGUUCAAGUUUGAAGGGGAGAUCGUGGUUCACACGAAGAUGAUGAUCGACCCCAACGCUAAGACGCGUCGUGGGGGCGGCAAGCACCUCGGGAUCCGGCGCGGGGAGAUCCUGGAGGUGAUCGAGUUCACCAGCAACGAGGAGAUGCUGUGCCGGGACCCCAAGGGCAAAUAUGGCUAUGUGCCCAGAACAGCGCUCCUGCCCCUGGAGACGGAGGUGUACGAUGAUGUCGACUUCUGCGACCCCCUGGAAAACCAACCACUCCCCCUGGGACGGUAAGACUGGUAGGUGUGGGGCCAGGACAGCCAGCCAGCCAGCCAGCCCAGCACCCGCUCACCCAGGAGCCCUGGAUCCCGGCGCGGGAGUCACAGAGCUGUCCAGGCUUGUACCUGGCCACAUAAAGCCCCAGUUUAAAGCA